AUGCUUUUAUCGUCGACAGCAUUAGUACUACUCAUAUGUGUGGCAGUCGUCCGGUGCGACUCCAGUGCCGAACAGAAUGGCUUCGCCGGUGGUGUGAAGGGUGGACAGGGAGGACAGGGAGGCAAAGCCAAGAAAAUACAAAUUGUAUACAUUAAGGUGCCGCUCUCGAAGGUUCUUCAGAGUCCUAACGAUGGCUACAAUACCGGUGAGAGAGGGUAUAGUGAGGGAGGGGGUGGAGGAGGAAGUCAGGGAUAUGACGGUCCCAAUGGAAUACCCGGUGAGGGAAGAGUUCCCACAUUUAGCGGCAAUAAUAUCGGCGGUGGGGGUAGUGGUGGGUAUGGAGGAGGAGGUGGUGGUUAUGGCGAUAAUUACGGCGCUUCCAAUCAGAACAGCUACGACUCCGUGAAGUCGAGUGGACCGGAGGGCUGGGCGGGUGGCCAACAGAAUGUCAUGUUUGCCAAUCAGGAGGGCUUCGCAAACAACGGUCCCAAAGAGCCGACAAACUAUGGAAAUGACGCCAAUCUGGGUAUGGCUUACGGCGCCGCUGUUGGCAACGCUUUGCCACAAACUCAAAACUUUGAGGACUCAGGAAACUAUGGACAGGAGAGUCAGAACUCCGGGUACGCCCACUCCAAUCAAAUCAAUUACGAAUCCAAUGGGGGUUACGGGCAGAACCCGCCCUACAAUAGGCCACAGAAUGACGGCUAUGGCGGCGGCGAUGGCUAUGGGGUUGACAGCUAUGAAAAGGGAAAACUGCGACCGAAAGGGAACCAACACUACCCCAAAAUGAUGGCCAACUUUAGGCCGCAAAUACCCAUUAUGUCAACUCUGCCCUCAUUUUCGAUGAAAGGCUUCAAUAAUCCACAGUUUGCCACAAGUUUUCCCACAUUUGGCGGUCAGUUCCCGACGAUGGGCGGCAUUACGGGCGUCAGCGGUAUAUCAGGCAUCGGAGGGCUCACCGGCGGUAUGAAGGGCUUCGGUGGCAUCAAAAGCAAGUUAUCACUGCUUUUGGGCAAUAAGUUCGGAAUGGGAGGCACCGGAGGACUGUUAGGCGGAAUGAUGGGCUGGGAUUAGACACCCGUCCCAGACAUUGAAGUACAAGAGUCCAGUCAUUAAUGUGCUAUAUUUUUGAGUCAAUUAUGUGGUUCCCUAUUGUCGUCCGUCUGUAUUAAUACCUGUCAUUGUAUUUGAUGUUAAUUUUUAUGUGUUUUAAACCUAAUGACGAUAUAAUGUACUAAUUUUAUAGUCACUUAUGUUUCAUGUUUUGUGAUCUCCU